GCUACUUGGACAGCAUGGACCAGCUCUCCAUUUCGGAUGCUCAGCGAGAUCGCAUGCUGGCCUGCAUGCGCACCAUCUACGGCCUGAUUUUGGCCUUGUUCGAUGAGGCAUACAGCGUGGCCAAACUUGAAGGUGUUUCCUUCGCAUCAACGAAGGGAGCGAGCGCUGGGGCAGGCUCCGCGCCCGCCAAGAAGAGGAAAGUUCCGCCUCCGCCGCUGGCGCCCGCAGACAAGGCCUUCACCUCUGCCGAGCUGGCACAGUUCGACGGCAAAGGCCCGGGCAAGCCCAUUCUCACCUCCGUUCUCGGGCGCGUCUACGACGUCACAGGCGCGAAGGAGUCAUUCGGUCCAGGAGGGCCUUACGAGAUGUUUGCAGGCCACGAUGGCACCUACAACUUGGCGGUGAUGACGCUCAAGAAGCACACGGUGGAUAAGACCGACUAUACCCUGGAUGCCGAGGACAAAGAGUGUCUUGCGGAUUGGAUUGCCUACUUCGACAACC